UAUCGUCAUCAGAGUCAAGUUCAUGGUAAGGUAGUACUACUUAUAGAAAAAGAAACUAUUCAAAGAGGUUUAAUACGUUUCUAAAAGUAUGAUAUUAAAAAUAAUAGUGUUGUAAUUAUAUUUUUAAAGGCAAAUAUGAGUGUUAACACUAGUGUGGUGAUAAUUUUUGCCGUUAUUUCUGGUGUAUUGUGUGGAAAAUUUGUGCCAAAGUGGAAAAAACAGGCAUGUGAAAUACCAGCCUAUCAAAAUGAACACUCUCACUACGUAUGUUCUGACGAUGGGGAAGUAAAAUGCCUUCCAGGAUGGACAGGUGAUCUAUGUGACGUGCCCAAAUGUAGACCUGGAUGUGACCCAAUGCAAGGUUACUGCAAUCGACCCGGAGAAUGUCUGUGUAAACUUGGAUUCUACGGGGAAAAAUGCAACAAGUGCAUACCGUUGCCCGGCUGCCAACACGGCUAUUGCAACACUAGUUUCGAGUGCAUUUGCCACAAAGGAUGGGAUGGGCUAUUCUGUUCGGAACCAAUAUGUCGGAAAGACUGUCAUCUUACCAGAGGAUACUGUGACGGACCUGGAGAAUGUAAGUGUAGACUAGGAUGGUCUGGGAGAACGUGCAAAGAAUGCCAGGUCCUCCCAGGCUGCGUCCAUGGGUAUUGCGACAAACCUUUGGAAUGUAAAUGUCAGCCUGGCUACACAGGGAUACUAUGCCAAACACCUAUUUGUUCCAAGACUUGCCAUAAAGAUAGAGGGUAUUGUCGCAAACCUGGCGAAUGCAGAUGCAAAGUUGGCUGGUGGGGUAAAAACUGCGACAAGUGUUUUGCUUAUCCAGGAUGUGCCAAUGGAACAUGUAACAAGCCAUGGGAAUGCAACUGUGCCAAAGGUUGGGGUGGCAUGUUAUGCGACGAAGAGUUAAACUACUGCGAAAAAAACAACGAAACUUGCAAGAACGGCGCGAAAUGUAUCUCGUUACUUAAAGAAGAUGGUUCUUAUAAAUGCAUGUGUAGAGAGGGUACUUAUGGAAGAAACUGUGAAAGAUCGGAGUACUCAACAACCAGGAAGCCAACAAAAACGACUACUCAAAUUUCCACAAGCGAGUCCACUACAAAAUCAUCGAACUCAACAACGCAAAGUACCUUAGAGGUACUUACAGAAAGUACAGAGAUUACAACUACGAUUCAAUACGAACAAAAUGAAGCUACCUAAAUAGCACGUAGAUGUUAAGAAGAAUGUUUAUUUAUUAAUUUAUUUUUAUUAUUUAUAGGCAGUUAAGUAAAUUACA